CACUUGCCAAUCAGAGUGUCAGCUGCAGUUGUUUAUAAAAAGCAAAAUAUUAUUGUUUAAAUUUUAUGUAUCACUACAUUAAGUAAUUUAACAAGACUAAAUAGAUAUUAUUUCUAAUAGCAAACAUAAUUAUUGUUUAUUAAUAAAUGAGCCGCAUUCAUCAUGGAGAUAGCUAAAGAAAAGGUACAAACUAAGAAAAAGAAGAAAAAUAAAUCUAGUGAGGGUAGUAGUUACAGUUCAAGUCAAAAAAGCAGCGAGGAGUUCUUAAAAACAAUUUCUACAAGCACAAGCAAUGUUGAAGAAAUUCCUGCAAUUGAAUGUAGUACUUCAUCAUUGGAAGAUGCCAAACAGGUAGAACAUGAUCAAGAAAAAGCAAAAAGCGAUCACGAACAGAACCAACAACCCGUUGAACAAACAGCAAUGCCAUCAAAUUUGGAAGAGUCUUUAGAGAUCAACACCAUUAAAGACAUUGAAGAUGAAUUGUCUGUUGGUAUAGAAAAUGAAGUAGUUAUAAAUAAAAAUGUUGUUGACGAGACAACAGGUAAAAUUUCUGCUGAACUGGAGAAAAUUUUAGAUGAAAAUAAGAAACUUGCCAACGACAUAAAAAUGACUGAUAAGAUUACAGAGAACUACAAAACAAUCACCAAAAAUUCUGAGACUGAAGCUCAUACUGAGAUGAAACCUUACACGGAGACACAGUUAAAUUCGUUAUAUUAUAAUCAGGAACUUGAAACCUUGGAAGAGUUCAUAGAGCAGUAUGUUAAUGCGGAAUUAAAAGGUCUGGCAAUUAAACAACAUCCUCUAUACGAACUUUUAACCAGCUAUCUACGUGUCCAAGAAAAAAUAACAGGCAACACUUUAGAACUAGAUCAAAUCCGCAAAGAGUACAAAACCUUACAGAAUGAUCUCUGGACCAUUGAAACUGCAACCGUAGUCGGCAGAGGAGAAUGUCAAGAUGGUAGCGUAGUGUCAGCCACGCAUAGCUACAACAAAAGUAUAUUUCAUAGAUCUGUUUUUCAAAGUAUCGUAAGGAUUUUGGGGAAUGUUCAGACGUUGACUUAUGAAAAUCAUACGCUGUAUUCGUAUUCUGCUGAAGAUUUGAGGAUACAGAUAGAAUCCUAUCUUCAAGGAAUUAUAAUGAACUGUUUGAACGUAACUCAACUAUCAAAUACUGCUCCAGUUGCGUUGACAGUUCAAGAGGAACCGCCUCAUCUAAAACCAUACUUAGGAGAGCUCCGAAUAUGUAUUUCGAUUUUGUUUUCGUUCCAAAGGAAACUAAUCAGGGAAAUGCAGUUCAUCAAAGAAACAAGACUGUGGUUGUCGAGACUGGUUGCUGUUCUGUUGAGACUGGCUAAUUACCAAGACCAUCUGUUCGUAUUGAAUCAUGUUUUAAGAUGUCCAGCUGGAGUUGGUUCGUGGGCUUCUGCCUUUAUUCAAACUCCAGUUCACGUCAAUGCAUCACUAUCCCCAUUUGCCAACUUUGAAAUCAACCAUGUACUCACCAUUCUCGCUGCCAUUUUAACACCGGUUCGUGGUAGAGAAUUGUUUUUGGAGGAUUUAAGUCAAAAGUCUGACACCGUAGCAGAAGCCAUUUGGGUCAUGGUUGAUUCCGAGGGAGAAGAAGACGAGGAUAGUCCGAUAAAGCCGUUAAAGGAGAACGAUCUAGUAGCCCUUUUGAAUCAGUUACCUUUGGAUGAUUUAUUUCGAAAUAUGUUGGUUAUAAAGCAAAAAAACUUUCAGGAUGUUUAUGAUGUAGCAGCAGUUACCGAACACCACAUAUUGAGAUAUUUGGCUUUCUCUACAGUAGUUUUGAGAAUAUUGCAUAAAGGAAUAAAAACGUAUGACCAACCAAGAUACAAUCAAUUUUCAAAACGAUUAAGCCGGUUCAUUCGUCAUGUGGCGCAGUAUGCCACUGAUCAGUGGGAACAAUUUUUGAAGGUCCAAAAAAUUGAAGACAUGGCGAUGUUAGAACGUCUUCAAGUCGAAUAUGACGCAUUUUUCCUUCGAGCCAUAUACUAUCUCUAUUCCUCCCAAAAACUCGGCGCCUGGCAAUUCCUCGCCGUAGUACCAUACAACAUGGUAUCUUUGAAGGGUCUGUGGAAGAUAUUUUACUUCUUACACAGCGUAGACAGUCAUGCUGUAGAUAUUCUAAAUCGAGCGACGGAGGAUUACCGAAAGAAAAUCUGGGAGUCGGAAUUGAGGAGUCAGUUCGAGGAGAAAUUGGGCACUCUGGAAGAUGCUGAGGUGUAUUAUUUAUUAAAUACUUUCGCUAAUAUGGCUUUGGCUCGGGACAAGGAGGAUAUGGAUUUUAUUUUUUCCGCAACGGUGGAUUUAUUAAAGGUUGGUUUUAUAAGUGAAACUACUCAAGAAAACUGUUGUAAAUCAGCCAGAAUAUUACUCACUCACAUCACAUCAAAAUACCCUCAUUUGCUAUCGAAUAUAUUAAAAGAAGUCAAGGACAAUAUGGAUAAAAUAGGUGCUUUGUCAUUGUAUCUCUAUGAGGAAUUGCCUUUAUCUGUCUGGAAAAUCACUGAAAGUGAUUUGGAAUUAAUAUCAAGAUUACUAUUAAACAACUCUAUGUCGACUUACGAAAAUAAAAUGGCAAGAAUGAUCCUGUCGAGACUAAACUGGGAUACAAUACCUUAUGAAAUUCACUGUGAUGUAGCAAUCUUGGUAGUUCAGUGUGUCUAUCAAGAACCCGGAAUAGAAAAUUGGGCGUGGCAGACUAUUUUGAGGUUAAAGUUGCAUGUUAGCGAUAAAGCUUUCAAAGAAAUUGGCAGAGUACAAGAUAUGGAAAGAUACGAUAUUUUGAUGAAAGGUGUAAGAGAGCAAAAUUGCUUGGCAGUAUUCGUCACACUGUUAAUGACCUCCUGGGGUCAUCUAGUGCCUUUAAUAUGUACUAAAGGUCUUCCACAACUGCUCUACCUCCAAACGCAACAAAAACACGAAGCUGUCCUGUUUGUUCUAUACGUAGUGAUACCUUUGUUCAUAAACUCGCAGGAAUGUAUAAUUAACCUAGAAAGAUUCCAAGAUAUCUUAAUGAAUUUGCUGAAUGCCGAUAGAGGAUAUAUUUCCAUGGCAAAAAAUUUGGUUUAUGGCCAAAACACCGUUCUGCAACAAUUUGGCAACAUGGUAGAAAGUCAGAUAAUGAAUUACGGGUACUAUAACCUAGAGAGUCCGAGAUGCCUUGUGAGAUUGUGGUGCAACUCGUUGGUUUCGAUACCAGGCUGGAAUAAAGAUAUGGGUAUUAUGUAUCUGCUGGAUGUUAUAAUUCGAACGGGUUUCCAGCAUCCGGACGCCAUCGAUGCUGUCUAUGAAAUCCUAAGAGAACAAUCACAAUGCGGCACACCUCAAGAGAAUGUAGGAACUAUAAGUUCUUUGUUCAAAUGGGUCUCCAGUACGAACACAAAUGGAAGCUUAAUAUCAAACUCGCUUUCAACUUAUACCUGGCUUGCUUAUGUUGUAAUAUCAGUGGAACAUGAAGAACGGGAACGACGUACAGGUCUUUGGAAUGAGGUAUUAAUACAACUGAGUAAACAAAAAGGAAAGGUCAACGUGGAUCAAGCCAUUAAGAAAGCAGCAAGUGCCUUGAAGAUUCCUGCCUUUACAUCGGGAUAUCUUUCCAUCUACCGAUGGGCCCAACAAGCUUUGGAUACACCAUUGGAUCAUCCGUUACUACCACUAUUAUGGCAAAAAUUCUUCACUCUACAUCUAGCUCGUAUUCCAAACCCUAGCAUCGUGGAAAAAGCCUGUGUUGGAGAAAAGUUCUUCGAGGGCAUGGUUAACUUUACCUUCCAGAAGAAAAUUAAGAGAAGACUCCAAGAAUCUGUGGAUUAUUUCAUGAGUAAACUUGAUGUAAAGGAUGAAGACAAUCCGGAGUUAAGUAAAAAACCAUUUUAUCAGAAAUCUCAUAGGAUAUUUAAAGCUUUUUCGCUGUGGUUAGAGGAGCCCACACUGCAAGAAAACAACAUAUUGUUGAAGAAUUUACCCCCACAGUAUGAAUCUGGUUAUCUGGUUAGAAUUAUGCAAGGAGAACAAUCUCCAUGGGUAGAAUUUUUAGACGCCGAACAACUAACCAUAGAACAACAAUUCCAUAUCCGCAUAUGGAGAGUCAACAAUUUCCGCGAGAAAACAAACGUGAACAAACCCUUACUGAAUGCAGGAAGUAGAGUAGAAAGCGACGACCCCAUAGAACGUAUCCUUAGAAGAUUAACCUCUUACGACAAACCCAAACCUGCACCAUCAAUUUCUCUUUCAGCUCCAGUCGUUCCCAACAUCGAAUUUGGCAGCAAAGAUGAAAUGUUUAAAUCUUUAGAGCCGUGUUUUAAAACUUUGAAGCAGUGCGCACAUAAUCACAACUUAAAAUUGUCAGAGCAAAAAGCUUUGGAUAGUGCGUACAAGGAGCUGGUGCCUCAGCUGUAUAGAUCUGUAUUGAACAGGGUAAAGAAGAAAGUGCCUUGUAAAGGGAAAAAUCAGACGGUGUAUUGUUCCGGGGCAGCUGAAAUCGUACUGGAAAUGCAGGAAGCACGAAUAAAUGAAAGAAUUGAUCAUCAAAUCCAAGCAAACAGAAACACAUACGAAUCGCUUUUAGGGAAAGCCUUGCAGCUAUCCUCUCUUAAUUUAUGUGUAGCUUCAGUUUCUCUACAAAAAACUAUUAAAACCCUCCAAUCUCAAUUACAUUGCAAUCCUGCCACAGCUGAAUUGGGGGUCGAGUUAUUCUAUUAUAUUCUCUCGUUACUGAAUGAAGAAAUAAACUCUUAUCCACCUACAAAGACGUUGUUUUCAAUGUGUUUGGAAAAAUUAGGACAGUCACACAUAUGCGGAGUUGAAUACGAAAUGCCCAGGCUUCUUCAAAGAAUUCUGCAAGACUCGAACUUGGGAGAAUAUCUCGCCCCCCACUUCUCUCCUUGCAACGUAGGCACUGCCAACUUACUUUUAAUGUACUCGACAAUAUGUAAGGAAGUUGGAAAGUAUGACGUAGCAUUUGCGUUACUUUCUAAGUUUGAAAUCGAAAAUUGGCUCCGGCAAAAAUCGCCUAAAAUCAGCCAAAGAUCUCAGUUUAUUCAAUCGGUUAUUCAAGCAUUGACGACACUAGGCUUCGAUCCACCGAUGGCCUCGUUAACUCUUCACUGCCUUUACGAAAAGCAUUUGCUGACUGUGUUCGAAUUCCAAUUUCCAGAACAUUAUGGGGAAGUUCUGGUGCUACUUCUGAAAUCGAGCAGCGGAAAUCCGGAAACAAACCUGGUAGCGAUUUCAGUUUGGAUGAGCAUACUGAAUUUUUUGGCGCAGCCCGUAGUAUUGAAUCUCAAACUUCCUUUAAGGGAUCAGCUCAGACAAUACGCACAGCACCAGCAUAUUCUUCAACAUCAAGAACUUCUAGAAACUGCUGAGUUAUUGGCUCGACAUUUUACCCAAGAACGUCUUCAGUAUGGAAUUUACGGUCUAUACCCAAAGUGUCGGAGUUACAUGGAUGUCUAUAUGUUACUGCUCGGUACAAUUGGACAUGGGAUUAUUGUUAGCAUGCUGAAUACACAUCAAGGCCUUUUGGGUGACAAAUUAUGCGAAAAAAUUUGGCCAUAUAUACGCGAUAUGUUUGCACCCUGGCUGGUGCCCUAUUCCAUGCAAAACCUCAAAGAUAAUAUGGCAUCUUGGAUCCAGCAGCUGGCAGACGACAGAUCAGUAUUAUUACCUUGGAUACCAGCGGAUACUCAAUUUGCUCAGAAAAUAUUGUGUUCGUUCAAGGAGUGUAUCUCGUUUGUGAUACACACAUUACCAGCGUCUAGCAGUAUACUAAGUUACAUUUGGCAAUGGUACGUUACAUGUUACGCUCACAAAUCAGUUAAGGAACAUAUCCUAAUGGCAGUUCAUCAGACAUUCUUGACUUUCCCGUGGCACAAUUUUUGGCCUUCCAUUAUCGACGUUGAGUGCAUGUUAAAGGUGAUAGAUCAGUAUCUACCGGACUGUCACGCUUUCCUAGGACAUAUCUUUAUGGCCAUCCCUUGGACAAACUGGUUGAACAAUUUGAGCACCGCACCUACACAACUUCGAACAAGAGUGUACCAAUGUUUUAUCAAUUUGAUCGUGAAAUUGUGCAACGAACCGAACGUUCGGAAAAACCAUUCCGAACAGGCUAAAUCCAUAUUGGUACAAGCGGAAAACUUCGAUUGGACGAUUUUGGAUGCUUCGUUUUAUCAGUACGUGUUGGACUGGCUUGUGAUGAGCUGUGAUUCGUCUGUGAUCUUCAAAAAUGAUCCUUUAGAUGUAGAUUAUAGGAUGUUACAUUUUCUUAAAAUAGUUUCUAUGUGUAAUGGCCAACAGCCAACAAUGUCGCCUGAGACAUUAAGCAAAAGACUGACUUACGUUAGAACCUGCGUUAAGCUCCUCUCUGUCUAUACCAAUCGAAAUAAGUCGAAUAUUCCCCGGAAGGAACAAGAUAUAUACACUUUAAUAACCCGGCAACUGAACGAUAUUGAGCACAUGGUGUCUACAGAAGAAGAGAUGAUAACGUUAUUGAAAGAAAUGCUUUGUUGUUUGAAUAUCGAAUCGGUGAAGUUUAUAGCUUUGAAAAGUUUCGCGAAGUGGGUGGAGAACAAACCUGGUGAUGGACUGAUUAUAAGAUGUUUAUUGCAAACAAUGGGAACGACUGUGACCGAGUACGAUGUUUUGGCAGAGUUAUUGGAAGUCACUGUAAACAGCUAUUUUCUUAAUACAGUUUUAGAUGGUGUUUUACCAAGCUGGAGAGAAAUAGGGGAACUACUAAAUAUAUUAGCUAACAAACAAACAGAACUGCAACAAGCUGCUUUAAAUAGAAAUUGUUUAUUGGCCUUAAACGCUAUUUUUGUACAGCUUAUAUCAAAGCACAAUAAUACUGAAAUAUUAUUAAAUUUGUGCCUGGACUGGAUGAUGAACAUUAAAAUUAAUGAAUCAACAGAACCAAAGAUACCUCUAAUUUGGUGCGGAUUUCUAAUGCUAGUUUUGCAACACGCAGAGAAGGAUGAACCUACAUCUGGCACUAUUUUGUAUAAAUUUACACAGAUUCUCUUACAAAUCUGCGACGAAAAGGGUCCUAGCAAAUGGGGCCGCGGUUUACUCAACGUCAUAGGCCUUUCUAAACAAGGAAAUGUUUCCCUGGAUUUCAAAUUUUUAUGUCGCGCUUUAGCAGGAUAUAUCUUAGCUCAACUGCCAGAAAUGAAGGGGGAACCACAAGUGAUAAGGAAAUUUGCCAAUGCUCCCUCCAAAGUUGGACAGUCUGGAGGAAACACCGAGUGUGUCAAGGUUUUGUUAACAAUGGAUUUUGGUCAAUCACAAGGAAAAAUAAAAGAGUGUGCAGGAUUAGCACUAAAACAGAUCCAAGAUUCCAAUAACUCUCUGCACAAUGCACGAAAAUUCGUAAUGCUUAUUGUGAAACAAUUUUACACGAAGCCUUAUUUAACGGACGUUGGAUAAUGAUGAUAUAUAGAGAGCUCUUAAAUAUUUUUGUUACCAUUAGAUUUAGAAAGAUUUCUAUAAACUGUUACCGGUAUUCUAUACUUUGUCAUUGUUUUAGUUUUCAUCUUUAUUUUUAAGUUCUGGUUUAUUAUCUUUGUAUGUUAUUUGUAUUUAACUUAAGUUUAAUGCUAAGUUUAAUAAAAGUAUAGUGAUUUUAUUGGUGAUAUACGUAGAGUUAUACUUUGAUUAAUAAAUAUUUUUUACCUCUAGUUUUUAUUGCUAA